GUCCCGGCCCGGGACACAAGAUGGCGGCAGCGGCGCUGGGGAGGGCGAGGCGGAGGCGGCAAAACGGGAGGUCGAGCAGAACGUGUAGCCGCGUCCCCUCGAGUCCGCUCCGGGCAGUUGCUGAUGCAAGGAAUUCCCUGGGCCCCCAUCCACUCCACUGCUGACCAGCCCACCCACCCGCGCUGAGCCUUCCUGCAGGCCUCCCCCCCUGCCUCUGGGACCCUGUGACGUGGGGGUCCAUCUGGUCGGAGAAGAAAACCCUCUCAUGCUAGCAUUGCAGACCCCAGAGGGUCCGGUGUGGGUGCUGAGAUGGCCAAUGAGAAUCACGGCAGCCCCCGGGAGGAAGCGUCCCUGCUGAGUCACUCCCCAGGCACCUCCAAUCAGAGCCAGCCCUGUUCUCCAAAGCCCAUCCGCCUGGUGCAGGACCUCCCAGAGGAACUGGUGCAUGCGGGUUGGGAGAAGUGCUGGAGCCGGAGGGAGAACCGUCCCUACUACUUCAACCGAUUCACCAACCAGUCCCUGUGGGAGAUGCCUGUGCUGGGCCAGCAUGACGUGAUCUCGGACCCUUUGGGGCUGAAUGCGACCCCACUGCCCCAAGACUCGAGCUUGGUGGAAACCCCCCCGGCUGAGAACAAGCCCCGAAAGCGGCAGCUCUCGGAAGAGCAGCCAAGCGGCAAUGGUGUGAAGAAGCCCAAGAUUGAAAUCCCCGUGACACCCACAGGCCCAUCGGUGCCUAGCUCCCCCAGUAUCCCAGGAACCCCAACACUGAAGAUGUGGGGGGCAUCCCCCGAAGAUAAACAGCAGGCAGCUUUCCUCCGACCCACCGAGGUGUACUGGGAUCUGGACAUCCAGACCAACGCUGUCAUCAAGCACCGGGGGCCUUCAGAGGUGCUGCCCCCACACCCCGAGGUGGAGCUGCUUCGCUCCCAGCUCAUCCUCAAGCUUCGGCAGCACUAUCGGGAGCUGUGCCAGCAGCGAGAGGGCAUCGAGCCUCCUCGGGAAUCUUUCAACCGCUGGAUGCUGGAGCGUAAGGUCGUGGAUAAAGGCUCUGACCCCCUGUUGCCCAGCAACUGUGAACCGGUCGUGUCACCUUCCAUGUUUCGUGAAAUCAUGAAUGACAUUCCCAUCAGGUUAUCCCGAAUCAAGUUCCGGGAGGAAGCCAAGCGUCUGCUCUUUAAAUACGCAGAGGCCGCGAGGCGACUCAUUGAAUCCAGGAGUGCAUCUCCCGACAGCAGGAAGGUGGUCAAAUGGAACGUGGAGGACACCUUCAGCUGGCUGCGGAAGGACCACUCAGCCUCCAAGGAGGACUACAUGGACCGCCUGGAGCACCUGCGGAGGCAGUGCGGCCCCCACGUGUCAGCCGCGGCUAAGGACUCCGUGGAGGGCAUCUGUAGUAAGAUCUACCACAUCUCCCUGGAGUACGUCAAGCGAAUCCGUGAGAAGCACCUUGCCAUCCUCAAAGAAAACAACAUCCCAGAGGAGGUGGAGGCCCCAGAAGUGGAGCCCCGCCUGGUGUACUGCUACCCGAUACGGCUGGCCGUGUCCGCGCCCCCUAUGCCCAGCGUGGAGAUGCAUAUGGAGAAUAACGUGGUCUGCAUCCGGUAUAAGGGAGAGAUGGUCAAGGUCAGCCGCAACUACUUCAGCAAGCUGUGGCUGCUUUACCGCUACAGCUGCAUUGACGACGCUGCCUUUGAGAGGUUCCUGCCCCGCGUCUGGUGUCUCCUCCGACGGUACCAGAUGAUGUUUGGCGUGGGCCUCUACGAGGGGACGGGCCUGCAGGGAUCGCUGCCCGUGCACAUCUUUGAGGCCCUCCACCGGCUCUUCGGCGUCAGCUUUGAGUGCUUCGCCUCGCCGCUCAACUGCUACUUCCGCCAGUACUGCUCUGCCUUCCCGGACACAGAUGGCUACUUUGGCUCCCGCGGGCCCUGUCUGGAUUUCUCCCCGCUGAGUGGUUCCUUUGAGGCCAAUCCUCCGUUCUGUGAGGAGCUCAUGGACGCCAUGGUCUCUCACUUCGAGAAACUGCUCGAGAGCUCACCAGAGCCCCUGUCCUUCAUCGUGUUCAUCCCCGAGUGGCGAGAACCCCCCACGCCGGCGCUCACCCGCAUGGAGCAGAGCCGCUUCAAACGCCACCAGCUGGUCCUGCCUGCCUUCGAGCACGAGUACCGCAGUGGCUCUCAGCACGUCUGCAAGAAAAUGACCCUGGCUUUGCCAAGUGGGGGCCGACACCAGAGCGGCUGCAGGAGCUGAGUACCGCCUACCGGCAGUCAGGUCGCAGCCACAGCUCCGGCUCCUCCGCUUCCUGCUCGGAGAACAAGGACCGGGACUCAGGUCGCGAACAGGGCCCUAGCCGCGAGCCUCACCCCACUUAACACAUCCUGCGGGGAGGAGGAGCCCCAGGGUGCUGGUGUGGACUGCUGGGACUUGGGCCUCUUGGGGCUGAGCAGACCCCAGGACCCUCCCCCUGAGGUGGCAGCAGGACUCAGGCUGCCAGUGUCAUAGGAAGAUGAUGGCUCUGCCAGGGCUCCCCCUCCCUGCCCGAUCCCCCAACCCCUCACCUCAAACUCACUCCAUCUCCCGUGUAAAUAGGUCCCAUCCCUUCCCCGUCCUCCCCUGAUCCCUACCAUCUUAUCACCAUCUUGUUUCAUUUGUAAAAGGAAAUACAGAAACCCCCCUAAGAAUGUGUGAGGGUCUUGAGGGCCGAGAAGGCAGAGAACCUGGAGCUAGUCCUGGAACCACACCCUCUACAUCCAGGCUCACCUUAUGACCCCUGGGCCUUCACACCCCAACCCAGGGCUCCAGUGUCUAACUUCUCACCCUGCUGGCCCCA